ACACAAAUGCUUUAGACCAAGCCGUGGUAGUUAGUGUGACAGAUACAGUAUAGUGCGCAUUCACACAUUUGCAUUGGUUUCUAUUGAAACAGUUGGUGUAGGCUUCUUAGCACACCGAUUUGUCGUGAUGUCUCACGAAGUACAAGGUGUGUAAACUACGUUGCAAAUCGUUUAGUGAGGAUGGUAGUAGUAACUAAAUUAAUCCUAUGUUUCAUUUAUUCAUGCAACUGUUAACCGACCUGUUGGAAAUGUGAUAGAUGCAUUCAAAAUAAGUAAACUUUACAUUGCCAAAACAGUGUUGCAAAUUUCAAACUUUAACACAAUCUGUAAAAAGUCAAAUAAAUAACAUACUUUUUUUUUUUUAAUUUGCUGUUUAGGGAAUGACCAAACGAGUAGCCUUAUAAAACUAAACUGAACCAUGUGUACUGUGGAGCCCUAAUUGGUAAAGAGGGCACACUAAUCUGAUUAAUGGGGGUAUUUUCUCAUUUUAGGUGGAGUUCAAUCAAAUGUGCUGACUUCUCACACUCACAAGUAAUCAGCCUGGUCACUUUCAACAAACGUCUAGUUUAAAAAAAAAAGGCUGAAACUAAAUAACACAGUUAAGCAGUGAAGCCUGGCGGCAUGGCCAAGGAGAAACCAGAGUUGCUCAUGUGGGAGAUAAGCAUAGCUGUCUUUCUGAUCUGUGCUGGCGUUCAGACAGGAGCAAGCCAGUCUCAAAGUGCCUACUUCCUUCCCGAGUUUGCACUUUCUCCGCAGGGGAGCUUCCUUGAAGACACGACAGGAGAGCAGUUUCUUACAUUCCGCUACGAUGAUCAGCCAUCCCGGAUCACACGCUCUGAUGAGGACAAGGACUUGGGAUGGGACGCCUGGGGCUCCUGGAGUGACUGUUCCCGCACAUGUGGAGGCGCGGCAUCCUACUCGCUGCGGAGGUGUCUGAAUGGAAGAAAUUGUGAAGGACGAAACAUAAGAUACAAAACAUGCAGUAACAUGGAAUGUCCUGUAGAAAUCGGUGACUUCAGAGCUCAGCAAUGCUCGGCACACAAUGACGUUAAAUACCAGGGACACACAUACGAGUGGCUCCCAGUUUACAAUGACCCUGCCGCUCCCUGUGCGCUCAAGUGCAAAGCUAGGGGGAAGAACCAGGUGGUGGAACUGGCGCCCAAAGUGCUGGACGGCACUCGAUGCAAGACAGAUUCCCUGGAUAUGUGCAUUAGUGGGAUCUGUCAGGCUGUGGGCUGUGAUCGGCAACUUGGGAGCAACGCCAAGGAAGACAACUGCGGGGUCUGUGCAGGAGACGGUUCCACGUGCCGCCUCGUGAGGGGACAAUCGAAGACACACGUCUCUCCAGAAAAACCAGAGGAAACCGUGAUUGCAGUCCCAUAUGGAAGUCGUAAUGUUAGAAUCACUGCAAAAGGACCGGAUCACCUGAUUAUUGACUCAAAAACCUUGCAAGGGCAGACAGGGGAGCACAGUUUUAAUUCCCCUGGAUCAUUCCUAAUAGAGAACACAACAGUAGAGUUUCAGAAGGACCCAGACAAGCAGAGUUUCAGGAUUCAAGGGCCGUUGGGUGCUGACUUUAAUAUAAAGGUGAGGUAUGCUGCUUCCAGAGACACUCUGGUGCAAUUCGUCUUCUAUCAUCCCAUUAGCCAUCAAUGGAGAGAGACGGACUUCUUCCCUUGCACUGUCACAUGCGGAGGAGGCUAUCAGCUAAACUCUGCAGAGUGUAUGGAUGUUCGUUUAAACCGCGCGGUAUCUGACCAAUACUGUCACUAUUAUCCUGAGAACAAGAAACCCAAACCCAAACUGAAGGAGUGCAGCAUGGAUCCCUGCCCCGCAAGUGAUGGAUUUAAAGAGAUCAUGCCUUACGACCACUUCCAGCCCCUUCCUCGCUGGGAGCACAAUCCCUGGACGGCCUGUUCCGUGUCUUGCGGGGGUGGCAUUCAGAGACGGAGCAUCGUGUGUGUGGAGGAGACCAUGCAUGGGGAGAUCCUGCAGGUGGAGGAGUGGAAGUGCAUGUACACGCCUAAGCCAACACUAAUGCAAACCUGCAACCUGUUUGACUGCCCCAAGUGGAUAACAAUGGAGUGGUCCCAGUGCACUGUUACCUGUGGUCGAGGGCUACGUUACCGAGUGGUUCUUUGCAUUGAUCACCAUGGCCAGCACAUAGGGGGGUGUAAUCUGCAGCUGAAGCCCCACAUCAAAGAAGAGUGUGUGGUGCCCAUUGCAUGCUACAAGCCCAAAGAAAAACUUCCUGUGGAAGCUAAGCUGCCCUGGUUUAAACAAGCACAGGAACUGGAGGAGCCCAGAGCUGCUUCAGAGGAGCCUACGUACAUUCCCAAAGCCUGGUCACCGUGCAGUGUGACCUGCGGGCCUGGCAGACAGACGCGGCAGGUGACGUGCCGAGUCCUCCUCUCUUUUUCCCAGACGGAGGCCGAGCUGCCCGACGAUGAGUGUGAGGACUCGAAGCCCCUGACAGAGCGAGGCUGUAACCUGGGACCGUGUGACGGGGAUCCUGCUGUGUACCAGCCCUCCAUUCCUCUCUAUGAUGACGAGGAGCUGUGUGACUGGGAGUAUGAAGGGUUCACCUCAUGCUCAGCUUCAUGCGCAGGAGGAAAACAAGAAGCCAUUGUGGUGUGUCUGAAUAAGCAGGAACGAAAAGCUGUAGGUGAUGCUCUAUGUGAUGGCUCCAGUCGUCCCCCUGAAAUGAUUCGAAUCUGCAAUCCAGAACCCUGUCCAGCAAGAUGGGAAGUCACCUCUUGGAGUCAGUGCUCGGCUAGCUGUGGAGUUGGAAUAAAGACCAGGAACGUCUACUGCACGCGGGUCUUAUCGCUUGAGCCCGAGGACUCAGCCACCGUUGCCGAACAGGAGUGCCAAGAGACAAAACCUGCUAUACUGCAGGCUUGUAACCAGUUUGAUUGUCCACCAACUUGGAUCGCUGAAGACUGGCAAGAGUGUUCACAUUCCUGCGCCGGCGGUACCCAGUCCCGUAAAGUCCACUGUAAACAGCUGCUGUCGGAUGGCAGUUUUCUGAAGCUUCUCGAUGACUUCUGCCAGGAUCCCAAACCUCUGUCUCACACACACUGUGCUAAAACAGACUGUCCGCCAGAGAUGGCAGGAGGAGACUGGUCCAAGUGCUCAGUUAGCUGCGGUGUUGGAACCCAAAGAAGGGAGACAGUCUGUCGCCGGCUUACAGCAACAGGCCAGCAGGUCACAUUAAGCAAAUCAGUGUGCAGUGGCCUUCCCCCUUCACCUCUCAUCAGGACCUGUCGCAUGAACGCCUGCCCCAACCAUAAGAAGGAAAUGAAACCCAAGCAGUCUCAGAACCUUAAUCCUCAGAUCCUCAGUCUAAACCGAGUCUACAUUCAGACAAGACAGGAGAAGCGCAUCCACUUCACCAUCGGUGGACGGGCUUACCUGCUCCCCAAGACGUCUGUGGUGAUCAAGUGCCCUGUGAGACGAUUCCAGAAGAUGCUUAUCAGGUGGGAGAAGGAUGGCCAAGACCUUUCCAAUUCUAAACGUAUUGGGGUAACCAAGUCAGGCUCCCUGAAGAUCCACAGCCUGGAGGCGAGUGAUAUAGGGGUGUACCGCUGCGUUGCCGGCUCUGCAAUGGAAACUUUCAACCUCAAGCUGAUCGGGAACGACAACAGGCUGAUAGAACCACCCAACAGCCAGAAGCUGAAGACGGAGACGGACCUCAACGAAGCCAGUCGCUUGGAGGAAAAGUGGAACCGAAUGAGCAAGAUGUGGCAGAGCUGGAGUGAAAAAAAUGAGUUUUACUUGGAUGACAGCAACUACUUAACAAACUCAGCCGAGCCCACUGGCUCCCAGGAACGUCCCGACAAACACCUGGAGGCUGCCGUCCUUCACGGAGGCUACAGCAUGGACUCCCAGCAGUUUGAGGAGCUUGUUAGGAACAUCAGUCAGCUGGUCGAGAAUAGAGAAGUGACUGACGACAUGGCCUCGCAACUUAUAUAUCAGUUGAUGGCUGAAGCGUCCAGACCUCAGUCAACAACGGAGAAGUGGAAGUGGCCCUUGCAGGAAAACACCUCAAACUCGAAGCUUGUUGAUAAGACACCUAACGCAUCUGAGCAUGUCUAUAGCAAACAGUUAUAUAAAAAGCCCAGCAUCAUCAGACACAAGCUGAACCCCCUCAUGGCAUUCCAGAAGAGCAACAACGUAAGCAUCGGUAGAGCAGCCUUCCUGACGAAUGCUACGCGGACCAUAUUUCUGCUGUGCGAAGCCACUGGAGUGCCAGAGCCAAAACUGACUUGGACCAAGAAUGGAAUGCAGUUGCAAUUUUCAGAGAGGAUAGCAUGGGAUAGCACUGGAAGACUGCAGAUAUCCAGUCCUGCUGCUGAGGAUGCUGGUCUAUAUGGAUGCACUGUGACAAACGACCUGGGAUCAGACACAGAAACUUCACUUCUCCUCUUUGCAGAGGCACCUUCUAUCCGGGUCUCCUGGAAGAAUGUGUCGGACCUGGUGAGCCGAAGAGUCACAGCAGUUGUUGGGGGUUCAGUGACUGUCAGCAGUGGAGCGAAUGUCACACUGGAGUGUCCUGUGGCAGGUGUGCCUCAGCCAACUAUAAGCUGGCAUAAAAACGAAGGUCUAAUGAAAGAGAACAGUUUCCUGCUUUUGAAUGGAUCUUUAUUACUUCAGAACAUUUCCACUGAAAAUUAUGGAGUGUACUUCUGCAUAGCCGCCAAUCCACUUGGAAAAGCGGUAGCGUCAAGCUUUCUCCAAUUGUCUGCAGCGUUGAGAACCUCCGUCGACCCGUCAUCCCCUUCAAGAGGCAAUGGGAGAAAGAGGGUUUUAAUGGCAUCUCAAAUUGGCACCAACAUUGCUGUGAAGUCUGGUGACCUAUUACGCAUAGGAUGCCCGGUGCCUCCAAACCACAGGAAUGCUGUGAGGUGGUAUUUGAGGAAUCAAACCCUUCCAGAAGUUCGAGGUUUGGAAUACAGAGUGCUGGUUGGCGGUCGAGUGCUGGAGGUCAGCACUCUCUCUGGAAGAUUUGAUGGACAGUACAGAUGCCAGACCACCACAAACUCUCAGAUAUUAUCUGCUUGGGUCAACGUCAUCUUAGAAGCAUACCGAUGGGAGCUCAGUGACUGGACUGCAUGCUCUUCUACAUGCGGCCAUAAAGGAACCCAAUCCAGGAGACUCGUCUGUAUUGGUACACGCGGUCAGGAAGUGACCAGAUCAGCCUGUGAUCUUCUGCCUAGACGAGCAUCCCCCACUCAACCUUGCAACAUACAGGACUGCCCUCCCAGAUGGGUCUCCAGUAAGUGGUCCAAGUGUUCAGCAUCCUGUGGCAAAGGAAUCCGGCAGAGGCAAACUUCCUGUCAGCAGGUGACAGCCAAUGGGAUUGUAAGAAUCCUCCCAGUCAAUGCCUGUGUGAAAGCUGAACAGCCCUCUGAAAGAGAAGGCUGUGUCUCAGAUACCUGUGCAGAGUGGAGGGAACUACAAUGGGGAAAGUGCUCUGGACGGUGUCUGGCUCCAUCCCUCUCGGUGCAGCAGCGUCAGGUCGUGUGCCAGCAUCACAAUGGAUCUUCCAUCCCAGAGUCCCACUGCGAUGAGAGGAAGAGGCCGGUGUCUGUGAGAAACUGCUCCUCAGAGAUGUGUGAUGUGCAGUGGGGGGCGGGAGCAUGGAGAGCCUGCACUGCAGCCUGUGGAAGCGGGUUCCAGUCACGCAGAGUGGAGUGUGUUCACAGGAGAAACAAUAAGACCGUGGCAGACCGUUACUGCAGCUGGCAGAAGCAGCCAAUGACAUGGCAGCAUUGCAAUGCCACCUCAUGUAGUAGAGGAGAAUGCAAGGACACGACUCAUUACUGUGCAGUUGUGAAGAGACUCCAUCUAUGCCUUAUUGACCUUUACAAGCAGAGGUGCUGCGAGUCCUGUCAGGAGGUAUAGUUCCCUGUCUGUUAUCGACGACAGCAGCACACAGAACAGAUAACAAGGAAGAGGCAUCUGAACACCUGUACAAGAUCAGAACUCUGGAGGUCACAUUAUGAAUUGACCUCCCUUUAAAGUAAAAAAAAAAAAAAACUGAUCAUGGAAAAAUGUUUCUGUUGCACCAGUGCUAAAAGACGCUUGUUACAGUGAGUCCUUCUGUUGACUUGUGGUUGCCACUCUUUGUACCAGGAAUUUACUGAAAAAUAACUAAGUGGAAUAAAUGUCCUUCAUGGCUGUUAAGAACACCUGCAUGAGAUGAAAUGAGCCGGAAUUGAGUGAAGAAAGCCCUCCUGCAUCCUAUCGUUCUUUAACGUUUUAUUUUCAAAUUUUACUUUAUGUAUAUUAUUGACAUCAUGGAACGAGGUUUGGUUAUAUCUUGUAUUUUAAACACAUCCAUUCAGCACCUUAAAGACUAAUUAUGUCAUCACACCUGAUACUGGUUCGUCUGAACAGUGUAUCUUUAGUGCUGGAUCGUAUCCAGCACAACUCCCUUAGCAGGAAGAGAAACUUCUACAAGCUGAAAGUGCAGGGCUCUUCCCUUUUGUGUAUGACCUCACUGAAAGCUAAACCCUGUCAUAUCUAAUGUCAAUAGAACAUGCUUCUGUGGGUAAUGAUGCACCGCACACACAGGCCUUCUCAACCAGCUGCUGUGUUCCUAAACACAUUACCUGUAUGGGAUUUCUGUUUUUAAGCACCUGCACAGGUGGCUAAAUCCUUCACCCUGAAAACAGCUGUUAUGGCUGCACCCAUAGGUGAGUUUGAGCACUGUAUGAGCAUUGUGUUUUAGAAUAUUUGGAAUAAGAGUGAAAAAAAAGUUUUGAAGGAAAUAAACAAUAAAUAAACAAUACUGAGGGAUGCAAUACUGAGAAUCCGAAUCUUAAAAAAGAAAUGCUGUGUAUUUGGUCUACGCUUUUUAUAAUAAAAUAUGAUUAGUGCAGAAGUAGAAGUGCUAACACUCAUCUGAGUAACAGAGUACCGCCUGGCAGUUAUUGCUAAAAAGCCGUCAAUGUGUAAACCUUGAGUUUUGUAAAUCAUGCGUUGGCAAGCUAAUCAAGUAAGUGGAGGCUGAAUUGCGUGAUUUGUUUUGCAUUAGCAUGUAAUCCACAGAAUCCAGAGGGGGUUCUAAUAUUAUCAUACUGUAUUUUUUUUUUUCUCUCAACGUCUGCACUACAUUGAAAGUGGCAGAGUACCAACCCACACAGAAUGUCAUUCUGUUCAUACAGGGGUUGACCUAACCCUGCCCAGCUUUGUAUUAAAAUCUAUCGGAGUUCACCACCUGCUUCAUUAUACUCAUUUACAGUAUGAGUUCAAGGUGUAAUAAUAAUAGUAACAUAAUAACAAUAUAUCACUAGACAUUUAAAUUAGAGUGUUGGUAAAAUAUACCACUUUCUUUUCUUUGUAUUAUUUCCUGCUGAAGGGAAUACAUGUUUUGACAGGGUAAUAAAAUGUCACAAUAUCUUUUCAGUAGACAGCAGUCCAAAAUGGACUGUUUACAUUAGUUAUCUAAGGCUACCCAAAUCUGAAUUGGGCUUCUAAUGUUGCUUAUGGUAACCAUUCUGGUUUUCAGAUUGGUACCACAAAAUAAAAAUGUUUACAAAUUAUUGAUUUUCCAGAAAGCUAUUCUCUCAAAGUAGACUCUGUGAAAAUUGUGUUACUAUUAUUAAAGACGAAGGAUUUUAACUUUUGGUUUCUGUUUGUAAGGUUUAUUUUAAUAUGACACAUUUUGAGAGUCUUUGUUGAUAAUUGAGUUCUGUAACAUGGUUACUAGAAGAUAUUUCAAAUGUUUGGAUAAUUGUAUUGUUUAGUUUGUUAAUCAACUAAUCCUUUGACGAUAAUGAUGAAAAAUGCAAGUGACUAUUAUUAAAAAUGUGUCAGUAUUAGAAUCCUCAAUGUAAACAUUUUUAUAUUGAUCUGUUUUCAGUAACGAGUGCUACACUGUUAAAAUCUGGACUCUUAUGUAGCCUGUGGUGGAAAACUGAAUCCCAAGGUGCAUUAAGAGUGGUAGAGUAACCUUGCACCAACCUGUACCUGAAGUUUCCUUCAUUUCUAAAGGGUCUUGAUUCUUCAUUGAUUUUGUUAACCCUUUUUGUGUGUCUUUUUUUUUAAAUUAAUGGAGUGCAUUGUAAAAUAAUACAUGUAAUUAUGUUUAAAGUGCAAUAUGGUAUCUUGUACAUUGUGUUAUAAAAGAUGUUUGGGACUUUAUUUUCUUACUACCAAAGUUUCUGAUUAAAAUUUCUUUGUACCUUG